UGUGCUGUACACUGCCAACAACGUUUUCUGGGUUUGGUAUAAUUACAAAGUGAAGUGAAUUUUUUCGAAUCAGUUGAUAGAAGUUACCAUGGGUUGUUGUUAGUCAAACUAAUCUGCAGAUUAGAACAUAAUGUGGUGUAAUUUUGAUAAUAACUGAUUUCAGCAGUGCUCAAUCCAUAUUCAUACCGAUCUGUUUCAUAUAACUAUGAUUCUAUUGUCAUUUUUUUUUUUUUGAGUUCAGUGAUGAAAUAGAAGAUCAACAAUUUAUGUUGUUUUCAUAUUUAGGGGUGGUUGUGUUUGGUUGGGGGUUUAGUUUUGGUAGUGGGUGGAGAGAGAAAUAGAAUAAUGAUUGAAGAUAAAUGUAAUGAUUGGAGAGAGAUAGAGAGAGAUGAGAAAGUAAUAAUUGAAAAAAUAGGGUAAUGAUUGGAGAAAGAAAUAGGAUAAUGAUUGAAAACAAAACUAAAAGUAAAACUAAACCGUUAACCGAACAAAGCGGCUCUGUCUAUCUACCCCUGCAAUGCCAGUGCUUCACAGACCUAGAGGUAGAGUUCUGUAAUGCAAGAUUUUGCAAAUGGUUUAGGGAGUGUCCGGAAUUUAGAAUCGAUCGGCUUCUUGGUUGUUAAGGAUUGCCCCCCUUUAACCUCCAGGGUUGGCUCAAUGGUAGUCACCUCUCAAUUAAGGGAGCUCAAAAAGCCUUUGAUUUCGGGUUCGACUCGCCCUUGUGCUAUUGUUGGAGCUCUUGACUAAGGAUUGAUUGGAUGUGAAAAGUAGUGGCUAAUCAUAUAAGCAUACAUGAUAACUUUAGGGAUAAAAAUCUAAUUUUACUGUUCUUAUUUUGAAACCUUUUGUGGAAGAACUUGUAACAUGGAUACCUUUGUGUCUAGUGAUGAAUAAUUAGGUUUUGUAUUAUCUUAUUGUGCUUGAUUGUGAUUUUUAUUUUCUAGGUAAUGUUUGAUUAGUGCCCCCACUAUUCGAAAUUCCUGGAUCCGUCAGCGCUAUUGAGCUUUCUCUGAUCAUAAUUGCGGUCUCCGCUAGUGAAUGGUGGAAUUGGUGGCCCGCUUUAGUCAGUCCAAUGGGCCAGAUACAGAGUCACAUUCCUAAGUUGCUUCGGCAUCAUGGUUAAUGCUAUCAAAGGACUGCUCAUUUCAUGUGACAUACCAAUGGCGCAAUUCAUCAUCAACUUAGACAACUCCCUGCCCCCAUCACAGAAGUUCAUUAUCCACAACUUGGAUAGUACUCACCUUUUUGUACAACCCCAUGUGAGUGAAAUGAUAAGAAGUGCCAUUGCAGAGUUCAGAGAUCAAAUUUCGUACGAAAAGCCCGCCUGAUUGAUCCUUUAAUACAAGAAUAACCUUAUUCAUAUGCACCAUAUACAUGAUCGAAAAGCCUUUGUCUACGUUUUUGACAUAUGCAUUACUUGGCCUCUUCCAUUUUGUUGUAUGACUCAACCAUUACACUUCUUUUUAUAUGAGCAACUCCAUGUAGUUAGAAA